AAGUUUGUUUCAAGAGUCAGUUAAACAAAAGCCAGAGUCUCCAAAAUAAGAUCAGUUCAUUACAAUGUCAGAACAGAGACAGAUAAGAUUAGAUAGAUGGGGCUAUGAGAUUCAUACUUCCUCUGAUUCUUGCAUUUCUUUCAUCAAUGCAUACUAUCAUCAGGUGCUUAACUAUGGAAGAGAGAGAUCAGUGAUUGUUAAAGCUUCUGAACAAGACCCAAGUUGUGUUUUGGCCAAUAUCUUGACAGCCCACUUCUAUGCUUCCUCUUCAAAUCCAUCUCUAACAUCUUCCCAUCUUCAAGCUUCCAAAGCUCACCUAGAUCAUGCUACUUCUUAUGAGAAAGCUGUUUUUGAUGCUGUUAGUUAUUUGAUGACCCCUGAUAGAGAUGAUGAUGUUGCUGUCAAUCUACACUCCAAGCUGUUGAAUGAUUUCCCUAAAGAUCUGGUUUCCCUGAAGAGGGCUCAAGUGCUUUGCUUUUACAUGGGUCGGCCUGAUCUAUCUUUGGAACUUGUCGAACAGGUUUUACCUGUAAAUGAACAAGAAGAUUACAUAUAUGGAAUGCUUGCCUUUCCUUUAUUAGAGCUUGGUAGGAUGGCUGAUGCAGAAAAGGCAGCAAGAAAAGGGCUCGAGAUCAACGAGGAAGAUCCAUGGGUGCAUCACGCUAUCUGCCAUGUACUUCAGUUCGAGUGUCGCUUCAAAGAAGCAGUGGAAUUCAUGAAAGAUCACUCACAUUCGUGGAAUGCUCUAUCAUCUUUCAUGAUUACUCACAACUGGUGGCAUGUCGCGCUUUGUUACUUGGAAGGUCAAUCAUCUAUCGAAAAAGUUGUAGAGGUUUAUGAUUGUUUCAUUUGGAAGGAAUUAGAAAGAUGUGAUGCUUCACCUGCAGAGGUGUUCUUGAAUGCUCUUGGCUUGUUAUUGCGGGUCUAUCUACGAGGUCGAAUAACUGAGUUUGGCGACAGUUUAAAGAUCUUAGCAACUUACCUGACAGAUAAACAAUACUGGCAUCUUGAGUGGCACCUGGAUUUGUUGAUAUUGUGGGCCUUAGCAUGCACUGGGAAACUGUCUGAGGCUGAAGAGUUGCUUGAGAGCCUAAAGAACAGAAUGUCUGGGAUGACAACAAAGAAGCAACAAAUAAUGCAGAGAGGAAUUGAGCUGGCAGAAGCAAUGUAUAGGUACGGAAAGGGAGACUAUGAAAUAGCUUUAGAAUUGCUUGGUUCAGCUUUUAACGCCAGUAACUGUAAGAUGAUCGGGGCAUCUGAUGAGCAGCUUGACGUUUUAAAUGAAAUUCGGUAUAUAAUGUUGUUAAAUACUGGAAGAGCGAAGGAGGCCAUUUCGGGGAUUGAGAUACAGUUGAAGAAGAGGGAAGCAGCCCCAUUUUUGUGGUACCUUCUGGAGAAGGCUUAUUCAGAAAUGGGGAUGAGUAGGGAAGCUGCAGCUGCAGGGGAGAAAGGCAAGGCCCUAGAGUUGGCAUGCGCUUUCGAUCAGGAGAAGGCUUAUGCAGGACUGGGGAUGAGCAAGGAAGCUCUAGCAGAUGAAUACGCCGCGAAAGUAUCACCCCAAACAAACAGCAUAAAAUUUGUAUUUUGUUAAUCUCAUGUCUCUUAAAUAAAUCUCUUGUAUGCCUCAAUCUCUAUCGAGAUAGAGCACAGUGGUUUUCAAAGAUUGGCUUAAAUGUAAAAAUUUACGCCUAUAUGCAAUUGCUACACGAAAGAGUAUAGACACUGUUGCUUUA